AGUGGCUCUUUCGUAAUACUUUCAAACUCCAGACCCAUUUCCAUCAAAAGUAAUCACUUGACUCUCGCCACGCUUUAACUUUUGUCAUUAUACUCACUUUGAAUGCUCCCCUUUCUUUCUUCCCCUCAAACAAUAAACAUUAUUAUUUUUUCAAAUUCUUUCUCAUCUCGCCGAAAAAAAAAAACAACAAUGUCGGUUUCCGGCCACACCUCCGAUCACAUUCCGGUUCACACCCUCACUUCCAAAACACCUAUUUUAGGUCAAAAACUCUACGUCGUCAUCGCAGUCACAGUAGCAGCUUUAACGACGGUGCUCUUGCUAAUUAUCAUCCUUCUAAUUUACAAACAUAGAUCGAAACGAAGACGUGUGAUGCACGUCAACCGCAGCUCCGCACUGUCAACGGAAACAGUUAACGCGGUUACGAAAAGCUCGGAUCAGAAUGAGAAAGCGGUGAAGACGUUGAUGAGUAUGUUUGAGUUGGAUAGUGACGAUGGAGAAGAGAGUAAACCAAUAAUCAAAGUUGUUGAGAAAAACCUACAUAAUGAUACUAGCUUUGGUAGUAACAAUUCAUGCUCCGGUUUAGGUACCGGUUCAGGUUCAGGUACCGGCACGAGUGGUAGUGAAGGGGCGUCGUCUUCUUCCGCACGUGCGGAGAAUGUUAAUAAUAUUGGGUGGGGUCGGUGGUUCAGUUUGAGUGAGCUUGAAACAGCUACGAACAGAUUUUCAGAGGAGAAUGUGAUCGGUGAAGGGGGGUAUGGUGUGGUGUACAGAGGGGUGUUGCAUGAUGGUUUGUCGGUGGCGGUGAAGAAUCUUUUGGAUAAUCGGGGGCAGGCGGAGAAGGAAUUCAAAGUGGAGGUUGAAGCCAUUGGCAAAGUAAGGCAUAAAAACCUUGUUGGUUUAAUUGGAUUUUGUGCAGAAGGUGCUAAGAGGAUGCUUGUGUAUGAGUACAUUGACAAUGGGAAUUUGGAACAAUGGUUGCAUGGAGACGUAGGACCUACCAGCGCUCUAACUUGGGACAUCCGCAUGAAGAUUGCUAUUGGGACUGCAAAAGGAUUGGCAUAUUUACACGAAGGCUUGGAACCAAAAGUUGUUCACCGUGAUAUUAAAUCAAGCAAUAUUCUUCUGGAUACGAAAUGGAACGCGAAAGUAGCUGAUUUUGGACUCGCCAAGUUACUUGAAUCUGAAAAAACCUUCGUGACAACACGUGUAAUGGGGACAUUUGGAUACGUGUCACCUGACUAUGCAAGCACUGGGAUGCUCAAUGAGGGAAGUGAUGUCUACAGCUUUGGAGUUUUACUUAUGGAAAUUGUUACCGGAAGGAGCCCGGUUGAUUACUCCAGACCACCUGGAGAGAUGAACCUGGUUGACUGGUUUAGAGGAAUGGUAGCAAGUCGACUUGGGGAGGAGUUACUAGACCCGAAGAUCGUUGAACGACCUUCUUCAAGAGCUUUAAAACGAGUGUUAUUAGUGUGCCUUCGGUGUAUAGAUAUGGAUGCAAGUAAGCGUCCAAAAAUGAGCCAAAUUGUACACAUGCUCGAGGCGGAUGACUUCCCUUUCCGCACAGAAUCGCGUCCACCUAAAGACCCAAACAUGCGCCGACCAGAUGCAUUUGCUGUCAAUAAGGUUUCUUUACCAACGGGUGGUGAUGAAGAUAGAUCAACCUGGAGAUGAUUCUUCGUAUACGCGGGUGGAGAUACACUAGUUAUCAGAAUCUUUUUUUCUAGAUACGAUUGGUUUGUAGUUCGUUUUACUAAACUGAGAUGCCAAUGCUACAAGUAUUAAUAUGUAAAUAUAGGUUGAUUACUUCUUUGUCUCUUGUACUCGAACUUGAUUGUUUUUUAAUCAAAAGUCAUCUGAAUUUAGCAUUUAGCAACA